UCCUCCUUUCCACUCUCUCUCGCUCACUAGUUCACGAUAAGCCAGCUAGCCAUCGCGGCGUCUGGUUCUGGUUGCCGUCUUUUCGCAUACAUAUCUGGACAUAACUUCCUUCCAUCAGUUUGUUCACUCCUUCCAUAUUGCAUCGUGUCUACGCACAAGGCAGGGUCAUUUGACUUGGGCGUCAGGAUGACAUUCGUGGUGGUGUCUUCUCUCACCAACGCCCCUCUCCCAGCAUACUUGUUUGUCUUGUCAUGUCUGGGCUACCUGUUAGGCGGACACAUCGUCAGACUAGUUCAAGCUGUGGUUUCAACUCUCCCGAUCAAGUCCACAUUAGUGGGAUCGACUCUUGAUCUGGCCGAAAAAGGGAGUUUGAAAGGAGACGACGUUCUGUCCGAUGAAGAAGCGUUUCUUCUUGAAAAGAGGGCUUUUUUCACCAAGACAUGGCUGUUCGUUUGCCAUCGAAGUAGAUUCGACAAACCAGGGGAUUAUCUCACUUUCGACAUCGCAGGAGUUUCCUUCUUUGCUGUCCUAGGGAAAGACGGCGUCUUACGCGCAUUCCACAACGUAUGUCGACAUCGCGCAUACACUGUGGUUCGGAAAUCGUGUGGAAGUUCAACUCGAUUUUCGUGUAAAUACCAUGGUUGGCAAUAUGACGAUACCGGUAGGUUGGUCAAGGCACCCAAGUUUGAUGAAUCUCCUGGAUUCAAUCCUCAAGCAAAUGGUCUGUUUGAAAUCAAGUUGAUCUUGACGAGAGAUGGACUCAUCUUUGUCAAUUUUGAUGCCAAUACCAUGAAACUUCCAUUCAACAAUGUCAAGUCGCAUGUGGAUUUCGGGAGCUGUUCUUGGGUGCAUGGGAUGAGUGUGGAUUGCAAAGCGAAUUGGAAAACCAUUGCAAAUGGAUUCUCAGACCAGGUUCACCGGUCUCACACUCGAUUCAGCUGGCUUUCUCGUCUUCAAAAGAUGCCGAAACAGACUCGACUUCUCGGCCCGUUGAGCAUUGUUAAGGAAGUGAACUCAGACCUGUGGUAUACCAUGAUCAUUGUACCGAUCUCGACAGCAGAGGUAUCAAUCAGAUGCGAUCUUUACAGUCGACAAGAAAGCAAGACGUCCAGUGGAACCGCAGAGAAAUGGGAAUGGAUGGUCAAGCAGGAGAUCAUGGCUCUGACUCCAAGUAACGGCCAAGAAGAUUCGCCACGACAGUCUUUUGCGUAUGAAUGCGGAGGACGAACCAUCGACCUAUUAGCCAUCUUGACACAACAUCAACGAAGUGAAAAGCUAGCCAAACGUAAAUUGCAACCAACAAUCAGAGUCACGGGCGAAUCCGAUAUAGACAGGGAGGCGGAAGCAAUAUGUGAUGCACUUGACCGUGUCGAAGAGGCUCCAGCCAUUGACGGGAGUUUGAAGUUGCCCAAAAUGGGCAAAAUGGGUCUCAUUGACUGGUAAGGGGUUGCAAGGUUUGGGUUGACACAUUGGCUGGGAUGAAUGAGAGUUGAAUGGGCCCUUGAACCAUGCUUCUGUUCUGAUUGUGCGUUUUCUAGGGCAUAUGGCGAGGGAAAUACUAUCAGGAGUGCUGUAGAUAGACCGUGUUUGGGAAUGAAAUUGAUGUUGAGAUGGAGGUUGAGAAGAUGGAUCAAGAUGGAUGUAAGAAGAUCGAUCCCCUAAAGACACGUGAUGAGCAACUGCAAGUUUUAUAGGAUGUUUAGCCCCA